AUGCUUCGAACCGUUCUGUUUGCAGCCCUGGCCGUCACUGGCACUCAAGCCUAUGACUCGCUCCUUAAGUUCAACGGCGCCCCGACUCGCGAAAACCGAACCAUUGAGGAGAUCUACCAAGCUGCCUUGAAAGAAGGUGGCACAGUCACAUGUUGGCAUGGUGGUGAUGAAACCAACCAGCAGGACAGCUUGAAGGAGGCUUUUGAAACCCGUUUCCCCGGAAUGACCCUCAAUAUCACUGUCGAUGUCUCAAAAUUCCACGACGGCAACAUUGAUCGACAGUUGUCCACUGGUGGUCUUUUCGUGGAUAGCAUAAUCCUUCAGACUCUUCACGACUAUCCUAGAUGGGACAACGAGGAUGCGCUUCUCCACUAUGCACCUCUCAAUUUUGAUAAGGUUCAUCCUGCUUUCCGAGAUGUUCGGGCAGCGUGGUAUGGCGUCGCGGUUUUCGCUUGGACCUUCAUCUCCAACAACAACAAGAUCAGCGAGGGCCCUCGUGAGUUUGCGGACUUCCUCAAGCCCGAGUUUAAGGACAAGCUCGUUUUGACGUAUCCAAACGACGACGACGCAGUGCUCUAUGCGUUUGACCUGAUUAUGCAAGAAUUCGGCUACGAAUGGUUCGAGAAGCUUCUGAAGCAGAACCCUCGAUGGGUUCGUGGAACAGCAACUCCUGUGACGUUGCUGAGCAAGGCCAACAGCACCGUCGCUGCGACAUUCACUGCAGGCAUAGGCCUUCAAUCAUCCGGAAACUUGAACGUCACCAUUCCCACCAAAGGAUCUUUCGUCACCUGGGCGCAGCGUGCGGCUAUCUUUAAGGAUGCUCCUCACCCCGAAGCAGCCAAGCUUCUGCAUAACUUCAUGUUGAGCAACGAGUACCAGAACGGAACUGGCAGCUGGAGUGUAUUGAAGGAUGUCCCUGCUCCUGAAGGCUAUGCCGGUAUCAUGGAUACUCCCUCUACUAACCCGGUUGAGUUUGAUCGUUUCAUGAGUGACCGUGUCCGUGUCGAGAGGCUCAAGCUAUUCUUCGAGGACAAGAUUGGAACAGCUCAAGGACUGAGCCCUCUAAUUGACGACCUGUAG